AUGUCCUUCUUCGCGGCCUCCGCCGACGAGCUGCUCGCGGUGGAGUCGAGGGGCGCCAUCUCCACGAAGCCGAGAGCCGGUGCGGGCCUCAGUUCAAGAGCUCACACAUGGAGGCUGGAUUGCGAGCACGGAACAACAAAGACAGAGACUGCCGUGUCAACCAGUUCCGGCAGCUGCCACGCGCGUCUCUUCAGGGUGGAAGAUGCAAUAGCUUUGCACUACAUAUUUUCCACUGGUGUAUGUACUGCAAUUGGGUGCUCCAAACGUGGAAUCGGAGACUUGUGGAUGCAAAUGUAUUUCAUAGAUCCUGUCUGCUGCAAUUCCUUUAAACAGAAGUGGUUUUUGACGGGUCUUUGUUUUUUUGUUUAGCAUCGAUGUUUUUGUCUACUGUUACAUGUAGGUGUUCCUUGGAUAACUGUCUGUUCGUUCCUGCUUAUGGAUGUCAUGUCAGAGUAGCUCUCACUAUUACAGUAUACCCAUUCGAUUUUUCCUAACUUUUUGAGAACAAUGAACCUACACUUUAUCUCCAUCAGGGCCAAACGGGGUGCACACUACCCAUUUGCGGUUUUCGAGAUUCGAUAAUGUCCAGGUCUCACCAAGGUAGCAUAAAACAGA